GCGGAAGGCUAAUGCUCAGAACAUGCGUGAAGGUGUCGUUGGCGUAUGCAACGGUCCAUUUAAAUUCAUAAAUACAGCUCCCAUAUCGGCCUAACGCGUACAAGGUCCUUCUAUCGGUUGGCUACCGCGGACUGGAGAGCCUCUACUUGUCGCACUUUGGGUAGAUACCGUUGGCUGGCCGAUUUGUCGAUAUUGGCACCAUUGCUUCCUUAGGACCCGACAGCUUCAACCGUGCCUACCUUUCUUACUGAGAGGUAAGAGUGCACGUUAUAUUUUCAGAAGGGAAUAUCGAUUUCAAGUCCGGCGGUGCUCAUCACUUAUACGGCAACAAGAGGAAUCGGAUUCGAGAGCAUCGCCGAGAAGCCUUUACCAAUUAGAAACGAAGACAAUAGUUGCAGCGAUGGCAGCACAGGCGGUACUCAUUGCUGAGACCAUUGCGGGUAUGAAGAAAGCUGUGGCCAGGGGCGACGAUGCGUCUGACUCCGACGAUUCAGUCCAUCAGCCUACCAAUCGAGGCAAUAAGCUCAAGCGCAAAGCAAGAUAUGUUCAUGAAGGGCAAUUGAGUUUGCCGAAUGGACCUAGGGUGUACCGACGAAAAAUCGAGCACGCAGGUUAUGAGCGGUAUAUAAUAAACCGCAAUCCUCCUCGCUUUGACGAGGACGGUGAUGAGCUAGACGAUGACGACGUCGAUGAGCAAGCGGACGCCAAUGCGGCGGAGGAGAAUCCAUACAGUGACAUCAGGCUCGAAUACCUUCUAGCACCUUUGACGUCCGCAGCAGAUUUACCACAUCAUCCUUCGCUUUCGAUACCCUAUUUGUCCAACACUCUGACGGAAUUGGCACAGGAAGCGUGCCAGAUAUUUCACAAGGAAAACGCUUCAUUGGCAAGGAUCCAGCAGAUAAUGACUAAGUUUAGAGGGGAUGAGACCUGGAUACCUUGCGGCAAUCUUCAAGCUGACAAUGACUUCUCACUAUUCGGUUCAUCGCUCAAAAUUGAGCAAACCAAAGGUGAAGUUAGCAGUCAAAUGGCUUCUGAGGAGCUUCCAAUUGGGACACUCAACAGUCAAUCAGGAGCCCUACAUGGUGCUGAGCGAAGCAUUAUCGGUGAUCCAUCUCACGGGAUCGAUGGAAUGACUGCUCCUGGGGAAAACUCACACUCGAAAGCUAGUUCGCUGGAAGAAUCUCUGGGAGAUAAAGUCACAUCUUUCGCAGGCUGGAACGGCGGUUCCGAUCAAGCAUAUGGUACAUCUAAGACGGAGCAAGCUGAAGAACAUGGCGGGCUUCAGAUGCCCGGAAAUAACGAAUCUAGCUCGAAAGAGGCAGCAAAGGAACUCAUUUCAUGUUCAUCCAGUGAGCACUUGUCACAAAGGCAGAUAAAUGCCGAAAAGCCUUCAGAUCUCAGUGCUGAGGACAAUAAAUCGCACUCAGCUGAUCCAGAACCCUCCCACAAAGACUUUGCACAAAAGCCUGAAACGGAUCUACUAGCCGGGCAUGAGGGAACAAACGAGUCCUUGAAAGGUGAACUCGAUAAUAAUCGUGAGAAGGAGGUUUCUGCUGCGAUCAGCGAGGAUGAAAUGGAGGUGGAUGCAGAUUCCCAACCUGCGCUACAUAGAAUGACAACCCGGGCGCAGGCUCAAGCGGCUUCAGAGAAAAAUCCGUCAACGCCGGCGCUGUCUCUCUCGUCGUCGCCAGCUCCCUCUUCAUUUAUACAUCCAUUAUUCAUUGUUGCCCCCGAUGCUCUCCCUGAUCGAGAUUUUGGCUUGCCGCCUGGCGAAGCAGAAGAUACCCGACGUUUGUUACUCCUCUACGUUCAGAAACAAGAAGAAAUUUGCAGGGGAGCAGAAAAGCUCUACAGCGGACUUUUACGAGCUGAUCGGAUGAGAAAACUGGUAUUGAGCUGGUCAAAGGCGGAAGCUCACGUAGGAGAAAUGAGUGAUGGAGAGGACUGGUACGACAAGGAAGAAUGGGAUUUAGAGGAUGAUUUGAAAAAAGGUCAUGGGGAAGAUGACGAUGACUCUGCCAAUCAAGGAAAGAAAACGAGAGGCCGAAGGGCCUAAGUGGCGAGUCGUUGGAGGUGGCUCUCAACAUUAGAGGCGCAGGGCCCGUUUGUGCUAGAGCAUCUUGCUGGGGAACUUCAUAAUAGGGAGUAAUUAGGCAUGCUGGUAUGUUUGGCGUUAUGAAUAAUUGUCUGACGUAAAAAUUCAUGGUGAAUCUAAUGCAAAAUAUCUAAAGACUUGCGGACUGCCCUGAUCUAUUCUAAAAUUUUGGAGAUACGUGGAUUAUGUUGAAUAAUAAGCUUCUAAUUUAUGUUGAUGCAGAAGUUGGUUAUAUUGAGUAUAUAUGACGAAUUUUGCCC